AUGAUUCAAGACCUUUUGAGUCACAUGAUCCAGCAGCAGCAGAACCAAGCCAACCGGUCAGUAGAAGAUCCAUCCGAUCAUUUUCUAAAACUGGUAAUGAUGAUGAGGAACCUAGGGUUCCGCAAGUUCAAAGGAAAUCCGAACACAGUGUUAGCAGACGCAUGGAUAAAAGAAUUGGAGACCCACUUUGAAAUGAUAAGGUGUCCGGAGGAGUUUAGAAGACCGGUAGCAGUUAACUUCCUCGAAGAGGAUGCUCGUGCAUGGUGGGAUAGCGUGGUUCCUCGCUAUCGAUAUCAGACUAUAUCAUGGGAUAUAUUCAAGAGGGAGUUUGAGCAAAAAUACUUUCCACCAGAGUCGCGUGAUCGACUAGAGAAUCAGUUCCUGCGACUGGAACAAGGAAACGACGAUGAGUUAGCUAUGGCCCGGAGAUUCUUUAAUGGACUCAGGCCAGACAUAAAGGGAAGGUUGCACGCUGUGACAUACCGAAGUGUCGCAGAAGUAGAAGAAAGAGCAGUAAGUGUUGAGGAAGCCAUUGAGACGGAAAAGGAGAUUACGGCCCAGGAGAAAAAGAAGGAACCAGUCCAGUAG